GCCAAUUUGGAGGGAAAAGCUUACAAAUUCAAAACUGGGAUCAAACAAAAGCCCCUUUUUCCUCUCAUUUCCUAUAGAAGUUCGAACCUAUAGAACGAUUCUACCUACUACUCCAAUUUCAAAGCAUGAAUUGAAAACCAAACCAAACCAAUGAACAAAAGGGCGUGCGGCAACUAAUUAAUCGAUCGCAAGAUAUUCCUUUUUGUGGAGAAUUUUACGUUUUUGGUUAGCCCUAAUUUUUCCUUUCCGGAUUCUUGUUUGCCUCAUUUCUGCUGUUGAAUCCUCUACCUACCGCUUCUCUGUCUGUAAUUCUUGGAGAUAGAUUGAGUAUGUCGGAGAGCAGUGGACCUGAUUUCAAUCUACCGGAUGAGAUUCUGGCGGUGAUUCCAACGGAUCCAUAUGAUCAGCUCGAUCUUGCUCGUAAAAUCACCUCCAUGGCGAUUGCUUCUCGUGUGUCGAAUCUUGAAGCUGACAUGAUAAGGAUGACGCAAAAGCUUAAAGAGAAGGAAAAAACCAUUUAUGACCUCCAGGAGAAGUUGUCUCACCUAGAGCACGCGAACCAGGAAGCUGAAUCUAGGUUGAAGAUUGCGCUCGAUGAUAAUACAAGGCUUGCUAGGGAACGGGAUUCACUAUCAAUGACUUCAAAGAAACUUGGACGUGAUUUGGCAAAGCUGGAGACAUUUAAGAGACAACUUAUGCUAUCAUUGAGUGAUGAAUCCUCUCAAACUGAAACUGUUGAUAUUGGGACCUGUGAUCAAGCAGUUCCUAAAGCAUAUACUGACAAGGAUGAGGUAACUAAUGGACACACUGCACAUUCUUUCAGUGGUUCUACAGAGACGAGAAGCACUUUAAAUGAAGGAAAACAUAUUGGACAAAGAUUUUCAUCGUCGUACAUCACCCCAAGGCUCACUCCAUCAGCGACUCCAAAAAUGAUUUCAACGAGUGUAUCCCCCAGAGGGUAUUCCACUGUUGCUUCUCCACAGAUAACGUCUGGUUCAACUUCUCCAACAAAAGCUUCAUACGAUGGACGAAUUGCACUAUCUCCAUGGUACCCGUCGAGCCAGCAGUCUUCAGCAGCAAGUUCUCCUCCUCGUUCUCGUCAACUGGCUGGUCGCUCUACUCGAGUGGAUGGCAAGGAAUUUUUCCGCCUAGCCAGGAGUCGUCUGGACUACGAGCAGUUUAGCGCCUUCCUUUCGAACAUAAAGGAACUCAAUGCUCAAAAGCAGACUAGAGAGGAAACUUUAAGAAAAGCAGAAGAGAUAUUUGGGACAGAUAACAAAGAUCUUUUUCUGUCAUUUCAAGGAUUGCUUAACCGCAAUGUUCACUAGGCCUCUCUCUUCUUGAGAUUGUUUACAUCACACAGGGUCUCUCCUUUUAGAUUAUUAGAGAGAAAAUUCAAAAUGUUUGUUCUCAACUGUCUUGCUCUCUCCUAAGGCGCAUGUAUGCUGCAUGCAGACUCACUAUGUUAUUGUAAAAUAUAAAAGAUCAAACCCUGUUGGAGUUGAAACUUCUUAUUUCUGUAGAAACAAUGAGUUUGGUUUUUAAGAAGAGUAAGCAAUAGAUUUGGAGGGGUGAAAGAGAGAGAGAGAGAGAGAGAGAGAGAGA